ACAUUCAUAUAUACAUACCAUAAAACCCUAAACUCGAACCUCGCAUAAAUUUUGUUCACUAGCUUCGCUGAAGCUAAGGGAAGAGGGAGAGCCGCUAUUUUUGCUCUUACAAUUUAGUCACCAACCAUGCCAAAGUCCAAGCGUAACAGAGCAGUUUCACUGACAAAAACCAAGAAGAAAGGGAGAGAACACAAGGAAACCAUAGUGAAUUCGAUAAGGGAAGCUGUGGAAAGCUAUGAUUCGAUUUAUGUGUUUACUUUUGAGAACAUGAGAAAUCUCAAGUUCAAGGAGUUUAGGGAGCAGCUCAAAUCUACCAGCAGAUUCUUCCUAGGAUCAAACAAAGUAAUGCAGGUAUCUCUAGGUCGAUCUGUUGCAGAUGAGAUCAGGCCAGGAAUUCACAAAGUUUCCAAGCUUCUCCGUGGAGAUGCUGGGCUUUUCCUCACCAAGUUGCCAAAAGAAGAAGUUGAGAGGUUAUUUAAUGAAUACGAGGAAUAUGACUUUGCAAGAACAGGAAGCAUUGCAACUGAAAAGAUGGAACUUAAGGAAGGUCCUUUGGAGCAGUUUACCCAUGAGAUGGAGCCCUUUCUUCGGAAGCAAGGAAUGCCUGUUCGGUUGAACAAGGGUGUUGUGGAGCUAGUUUCAGAUUUUGUUGUUUGUGAAGAGGGAAAGCACUUGUCACCUGAGUCGGCUCGAAUAUUGCGAUUAUUGGGCAUCAAGAUGGCUACUUUCCGACUUCACUUAAUUUGCAGAUGGAGUCCUGAAGAUUUUGAGCUAUACAGAGAAGGGCAAGAUGAGUCAGAUGUUGAAUCUGCAUAAAACUGUGGGGCUUGUCAUUGUACUUCUUGAAUUAAUGUACAAUCCUGAUACGAGAAUGAUCCAUCUAAAUCAUCGUGUGUAAUACAAGUUAAUGCAGUCCAAUAUGCAGCCUCUGUGUGUGUUUGUAGCGCAAAGUAACAGAGUUUUGUACCUUAGAGGAAGCUUCAUUUUUAUCUUUCAAUUUUGCCUGCAUGCCGCUGGACCUCAUUUUUGUUUUCAUUUUUUUGGACUACUUGAAGAAAUUGGAACCAGAUUAUUUUGUUCA